GGAGCGGAGUGUCCGAUUUCGACAGCUGCCGCCAGAAGACCACAAUGAACGUGUUGGCUGUAUUGCUGUUUGUCGCAGCGGUUGCGGUUAAGGCGCUGCCCCAGAAUGCGACGCCAUUGCUCAGUGUUACACCUAUGGUGAAGACAUUGCCACUAGUGCCUGGACACCCGGAGCCUGAGGACGCUGGUGGUCGCAUCGUGGGCGGCAGUGCGGCCUAUCAGGGCCAGUUCCCGCACCAGGCCGCCGUCUCCAUGGACAGCUCCUACCUGUGCGGCGGCUCGCUCAUCUCCACCUCUGCUGUCCUCACCGCGGCGCACUGCGUCUCUGGGUUCAGCACGUGGGCGGUGAGCUUGGGAGGCAUCCGCCGCAGCGGCAGCGAGUCUGGCCGCGUGACCAUCAACACCAGGUCGACGACGGUGCACUCCGGCUACAACGUCAACACGCUCAACAACGACAUCGCCGUCAUCUUCCUGGGCACCAACGUGCAGCUCAGCAGUUACAUCGCUCUGGUGAACCUGCCUUCUCGCUCACAGGCGGGCAACAGCUACGAGGGCCAGUCUGCUACUGUCAGCGGUUGGGGUCUGACUGCCGAUAACGGCAACACGGCCAGCACGCUGCAGUACACGACGCUGAGCGUCAUCUCCAACUCGCUCUGCCAGCAGUACUACGGAGGCGUCAUCGUCUCCUCAACACUCUGCGCCACCGGCUCCAACCGACAGAGCACCUGCAACGGUGACAGCGGCGGCCCCAUGGUGAUCGGCUCGACGGGCAGCUUCACCCUGAUCGGCGUCGUCAGCUUCGUGUCGGACGCUGGUUGCUCGAGCGGCGACCCGUCCGGCUACGCCAGGGUCACCUCCUUCCUCGACUGGAUCUCCAGCACCGCCGGCGUCAGCAUCUCGUAAGGGCUCCACUCUAGUGACCGGCUGUUCCAGCUUCCUCAGGAACAGAAGCUGUAAAUAACACAGUGUUCCAAAUAAAUAAUUCAGUAAAUGUAA